UGAGCCCGUAUAAUAUCAAUAAGUAAUUCUUAAAUAAGUCAACGAGAUUUUCUAAAAUUCGGAUUGUUGUUGACUUGGGAUUGUUGUUUAGCUUGGUGAAGAAAAGCCAUCAGAUUUCGAUUUCCAUCGUCUAUAUCAAGAUCAAAUAGUGAUAUGCAGAUCACAUGUCUCCCAGUUUCGAUUUCCUCGAACACUCCUCGAAUCUCAACUCCAGUUUUAUCGCUACCUUCAUAUCCUCGCCACAUUUUCAACCUCGCUUCGUUUCAAAACCGAAAACACGGUUUUUUCUCCAUAUCUUCCAAAAGAUUACAAAAAUCUCAAACUAGUUUCAGCAAAUCUGUUUUGGCUGCGAUGAAAAGUGAACAAGGAACUGAAAGUGAUGAUGCGUUUUAUAUGAGGAAAUGUGUGGAACUGGCAAAGAGAGCAAUUGGGUGUACUAGUCCUAAUCCCAUGGUAGGUUGUGUCAUUGUUAAAGAUGGUAAAAUCGUUGGCGAAGGGUUUCAUCCCAAAGCUGGUCAGCCUCAUGCUGAGGUGUUUGCUCUUCGAGAUGCUGGAGACUUAGCUGAGAAUGCCACUGCUUAUGUUAGCUUAGAACCAUGUAACCAUUACGGUAGAACGCCGCCGUGCACAGAAGCAUUGAUCAAGGCUAAGGUGAAAAGAGUUGUUGUUGGGAUGGUUGAUCCGAAUCCAAUCGUUUAUUCUUCUGGGAUUAGUCGUUUGAUAGAUGCUGGAAUUGAUGUCACUGUGGGUGUAGAAGAAGACUUAUGCAAGAAGAUGAAUGAGGGAUUCAUCCAUCGAAUGCUAACAGGAAAGCCUUUUCUCGCACUCAGGUAUUCUAUAUCUUUCAAUGGUUGUUUUCUUGACAAGAUUGGGGAAGGUGCUUUGGAUACUGGUGGAUACUACUCAAAGCUAUUACAAGAAUAUGAUGCUAUUAUUCUUUCUUCGUCGUUCUCUGAUAAGCUCUCGAGCAUUUCCUCACAAGAAGCUAAUGUUUCGAACCAACCCAUUCAAAUCAUAGUGGUUAGCAAUGCUCAACAGUCUCCCAUCUUUGCUUCUUCCAACACUGUGGAAGAAUCGGCUCCAAAAGUUUUACUGUUCACCAAAAAGGAAUAUGUUACAGAAUCCGGAAUCAGCAAUGUUGAAACCGUGGUAUGGGAAAAAAUGAAUUUGGAUUCCAUCUUGGAUUACUGUUAUCACCGUGGACUAUGCAGUGUCUUGUUGGAUUUGAGGGGAAACAUUAAAGACCUUGAAGUGCUUCUGAGAGAUGGAUUUGAGCAGAAACUGUUGCAGAAGAUAAUGGUUGAGGUUUUGCCGGAAUGGUGCGCGAAAGAUGAGAGACUGGUCGGGUCUAUGAACUGGUUAGAAUCAAAAGCUGUGAAAGAUUUGCAGCCUAAGCAAUUAGGUGGAAGCGUUUUGCUAGAGGGCUAUCUUUGAUGCUUUGAUGUAUGGAUAAUGUAAUAAGUUCGUGAGCUUUAUUUUUGGAAGCAUUGUGCUAUUAAGGUUUUUUACAGAUUUCUAGCUGGAUAAUAAAAGUUUAUAAAAAAUUGUGUUUCAAGAUUUGUUUUUCCACAAAAAUUAAUGUAAUAAUACUUCGA